AUGUUUGCAACAAUUCCAAAAAGCCAAAUGGCAGGAUUGGCUUACAUUUCUCUUCUUGGUACGGUAGCCAUACAAAAGGCCACACCAUCCAGGUCCUUAAACCAGCCUCUUUUGACAUUCUUGGCUCGCCAGCUUACUGUGAUGCAACGCGAAGUCAGCUCAAUGGUAGUGGCAACCAAUUCUGCUGGACCAAGCGGCCCAACGAGUGGUUUAAAUAAUGGGACGCAGUUGUUUCCUGGUGGUUCUUCUGGGGAUGGCCCUCAGAGUAUUGGUGGCAGCAGUGGCCAGUUAAUGAUGAUGAUGAUGGCCGCGGCAGCAAACGGCGGCCUCGGGCUGGAUGGAUCUCCUCUCCCUAGCACUGGUGGAAUGACUGGAGCCUCUGGUGGAGGCCCCGUUCCUGGAAUGGCUGGCAUCACCGGACAGUCGAGUGGAUCUGGUACAUUAUCUGGGACUCCGACAAUGGUUAAUAUGGCGGGGAGUACGGUGAGUAGCAGUCCGAGUAGCGCUGGAUUGCCAGGUUCGGUGGGCUCCGGAGCCCGGCCGUCCUCAGGCUCCGCAGUGAGAACACCGAUCUCUGGAAUGCGUGUAAAGACCUCUGGAAUGUCACCUGGCACAGGUUCCCCCGGGUCAACUGGCGCGUCUCCAAAUGUUGGCGUUAGUCCUGGAAUGGGAGCUGGUGGAGUUGGGACCUCUGGUGCCUCUGAAGGCGUAUUGGCUAAUUUCUUUAAUAGUCUUCUCAGCAAGAAAACUCCCAAUCUGUCGCCUUCUGGAUCGAGCGGGGUGGUUGGGGGGUUGUGCCCAACCGGUUCACAGGCAAACAAUUCCGGUGUGUCUCCAAGUUUGGGAGCUGGUGUUGUUAUCGGCGGACACACGCCGGCCGGAGGUCUGCAUUGCUAUCCUAAAUUAUUUUAA